AUGUUGAAGAGAAGGUUGCAAUUGGAGGUUCCAUACAGAGACCAGCCCCAAACGAUAUACCUUCACAUGGCUGCACUGAGAGAGAACCAGUGCGAAAAGCCCUCCAUGACACCUCCACACAGUGGUGAAGAGGAGUUGUUCAGUGAGGAGGAAGAAGCUGGAAUGGAUUUAUUGUUAGAGAGUUCUGGCUUGGAUAAAUAUGACCGUGAUACAAAUGUCCGAGAUAACUAUGACCCCGAUGUAGCUGACCCCGUGACAGGUGUCACACCCAUCAGACAUGACAGGACAUGUGACCAAGGAAGCAAACACUCACAUCCUGGGUUUGAAACUCACAAAGCUAAUGAAAGACGCUCACAUGGAUCUGAUGAUUUUGAAAUCAUCCAAAGUGGGUCCAGCUCCUCUGUGGAGGACAGUGGUGAUGGAGGCCUCGGAACCAGGGAAGAAGCAAAGUCGAGACCUGUAGCUGUGUCACCAGUCAGGUCUUCAGACCAGACAGAACCCAGUCAGAAGGCAGUGAAGAGGAAGCGAGUACUGUCAGACCAGGAUGUGCUGGCAUCUCCCGUGCUGGGCAGGAAGAUCAGUUCAUGCAGCUUGACACCUAGGGCCAAGCAGUCCCAUAAGAGACUGAAAAUGGUGACACCCAAUAGAGAUAGAUCAAGUCCAGGUCACAAACAGAUGGACAGGUCAUCAAACAAAGGCGCAUCAAGUCCAACUGUCACUAAAGUCCUGUCAGAUAAAUACAUGAAGAUGUCCACCCCUCUGGACCGUUCUGGUCCAAGCCACUCUGUAGUGGAGCAGGAUUCUCUGUACAUCACCCCAAUUCCCAAACAGAGACAACGGUCCACGUUCAUGUUGGUGACCCCUGCACUGGCCAAUCAGAGCCAAGAUUUAUCCAUGGAUGGUGACUUUGUGGCAACACCUGUCGGCAGGAUAGUUUCUAACGAAUCUGGACAGGAGGUUCUAGUUAAUCUUGAUGGGUCUUUAAUGAAGCAGGCAGAUUCUGGCAAAAGUGAAUCUGAGCAUCAAACAGAGGAUUGUCCUAGAACUGCCUGCUCUGAUGUAGAGAAUGAAAAGAGUGUUAUGGGCAGAUCUGUAGAUGCAUCGACUGUGGCACUACCUGGGACAGAUGCAGAGUCAAGAUCUGGCCGGAUUCCACACACAAAGUCAUCACAUGGGAAGCCCUGUUCCAAAUCCUCAUUGGGUCACAGCUCUGCAUCACCUGACAGGAAGUCAGGCUCCUCUGAUUCUGACCUUGAGAUAGUGGGAGACAACUUCCAACUGUUGUCACAGGUAUCUGUCUCCCCCAAGUUUCCCAACAAGUUUAGCUUUAAGAAGAUUUCCUCCCAUACCAGAAAGUUGAGUCGGAAGAGAAGGCCAAGUCUUGAUCCUCAUCACCAUGGAGAUAGUGGAGAAGGGACGACCCUGGAGGCAGACGUUCAUAACAGACAGCAAGAAGACACAAAUGUAGCGGUUGGCAUGGUGACAGAGAGAGGUGAUGCUGCAGAGAAAGCACAGAAGAACUGCUCUCCACCUAACACAGACCUGCAGGAUGAUGUUGGCCAUGUUGUUGAUGAUCCUGGGGAUGUCUGGGAUGGUUUCGAUGACAUGGAUGCAGCUUGCCACAUUGACCCUGUGUGUGAUGCUGAUACAGAAGAGUCCCCUCAGAAAAAAGUUUCAGCAACAACACCGGGAAAGAAGCACUAUACCCAUAAAAGAAACAUCACCAUAAAUACGACUGAGAGAUCUCUAGCAACUCCAGGAACAUCAGCUGAGUAUGGUCACUCCUCACGUAGACCAGUGUCUGAUGAUGACGACUCUCUACCUUCACCAGGGAGAGUAGAUGCAGGGGAAGCAACUCUGGACUUCGAGGUGCCAGAUGCUGACAGCUUGUUGUGGAAUGAUGACAAUGCUCCAAAUAUGGAGCCAAGCCCCCAAGUGCAUGGUGACAAAGGGAGACAACUCCAGCAGGUGGCAGACUUCCAGACCCCAGUGACCACUAAACCAACAAAGACUGCAAGAAAACUGAUACCACCAUCGCCAUUCACGCCAAUGCCAAAUUACGACAACAUGAACACCCCCAGACUAAAGCAAGAAGUGGGCAAGUUCGGAGUGCGGCCAGUGGGGAAGAAACGGAUGGUGGGCCUAUUGAAGGACAUCUACCACAAGACUCACCAGUAUGAGACAGACAGUGAUUAUGACCCAAAGAGCACCUCUCCCCAGAGGCCUGCUGAUAGAACUAGUAAGUCCACUGUGGCCAAAGAUGAAACCGCAACCAGACUCAGCAAGUCCACUGUGGCCAAAGAUGGAGCAAGAGAUCGAUCCAGUAAGUCCAAAGAUGGUGCAGGAGGUCGACCCAGUAAGUCCUCUGUGGGCAAAGAUGAAACCGCAACCAGACCCAGCAAGUCCACUGUGGCCAAAGAUGGAGCAAGAGAUCGACCCAGUAAGUCCAAAGAUGGUGCAGGAGAUCGACCCAGUAAGUCAUCUUUGAUGAAAGAUGAUGCCAGAAGCAAACCCAGUAAAUGUACACUAGGUCAAGGCGACCGGUACAGUAAUGUUAGGGCUCCCGAGUCUUCAGCAUCUGAAGAAGGAAGCAGUCAGCGAAGUGUGACAUCAUCCCAGGAUUCAGGGCGUAGUGAAGUCCCGGAGGAGAGCUUCAUGAUGGACGAUGAGGAAAUAUCAGCAUCACAGCAGCAGGUGAACCAACAGGACAUACAGCAGAAGCUGAUCGCAUUCAUCAGGCAGAGAUCCGAUAUUCACACAAAGCUUAUGAUGUACGAGCCACUGGAGCUGGACUGGCUGAAGCGCGAGAUCCAGGAGGCCGGCAUCAAGUGCCCCAUGCAGAAACUCAUGGACUUCCUUGAUGAGAAGUGCCUGACGUUCACCAUGAAGAAGAUGACCAAGAGGAACACAAACCGGCGACAACCGAAACGCAAGAAGAAGGUCAAGCUUCCUGCCGCUGCUGUGUGAUGAUCUCCAGUGAAAUAGUGACACUCUAGGGAACAUGUGACUCUCCAGGGAAUAUAUGAUGCUCUAGGGAACAUGUGACUCUCCAGGGAAUAUAUGAUGCUCUAAGGAACAUGUGACACUUUAGGGAACAUGUGACUCUCUAGGGAACAUGCGACGCUCCAGGGAAUAUUUGACGCUCUAGGGAACAUGUGACUCUCUAGGGAACAUGUGACAUUCCAGGGAAUGUUUGAUGCUCUAGGGAACAUGUGACUCUCUAGGGAACGUGAUGCUCCAGGGAAUAUUUGACACUGUAGGGAACACGUGACACUGCAGGGAACAUUUGAUACUCUAGGGAACAUAUGACUCUCCAGGGAAUAUUUGACUCUCUAGGGAACAUUCCUGCUCUAGGGAACAUUUUACGCUCUCUAGGGAACAUUUGACGCACGAGGGAACAUUUGACACUCUAUUGAACUUGUGAUACUCCAGAGAAUAUUUGCCGCUCUGGGGAACAUGUGACCCUCCAGGGAACAUGUGAUGCUGUCUCGGGAAUAUUCAAGGCAACAUGUGGAACUCUCCAGGAAAUAUGUGACACUGUAGGGAACGGAACAUUCUCUGGGGAAUACAUGAUUCUCUUUGGGUAGUGGGAUACUCUGUGAUUACACUCUCAGGGGAAUAUGCAUCCAUUCGAUGUUGACAUGAGCGACUUUAACACAAAAAACCCUCUCUUUUAUUGUGAUAUGUGCGACCUCUGAAAUGACAAUAAAAGAGACAUCUAUUCAAUGGUGAAACAUCACACCCUCUCUCCUGUGAUAACACUAGACUCAGCUCUCCAGUGAGAAUAUGCGAGACUCUAUUCCUGUGAUGUCUGAGACCUCUCACUCGUGACGUUUCCACCUCCUCCACAGCGGGUUCUCUAGCUGUAAUGCACGGUCAAGUGAACUUUAGUUUUAAUUGUUUCUGGAGUAAAAAGUUUAUUUCUUUUACUUAGUUUCUCUGUUUUAAGGUUCAGGUGGUUAAGGAAGACAGAAUGCUGUCUUGAUAGAGUAUAGGUUGAUGGUUCUUAAAUCUCAUUCAAAUCAGAUGAGCCCUACUGCUACACCAAACAACCAUUACAGGUCAGAUCAGAAUGACCUUUAACAAACUGACCAAUCUAAAGUGACUAACUUAUCUUGACAUUAGCCAAUCAGAUAGCAGCUUACACAAGCUUAAAGGCUCUUUUGUGAAACUGGCUACUUCCAUUCCAGACAACACAUAAACAAAUGUUUUGACAAAGUUCUCAACCUGAGCAAAAGAAAAUUUUGGAAUGCUAAUGUAUCACGGGGAUUGAAUGGCAGGACUUUCUAUGGAAGUCUCUCUGAUUCAUGUUUUGGGACGAAGGGAGAAGUAGAUGUUGAUGGCAUCAGUCACACCGUUACUGUUGUUCAGAAUACCCUGUUAAGCUUAUCAAGGUUGCAAGAUCAGAAAACAUUAAAACUGUAGUUUUCAUGAUCUUGUAAGCAACACUUUGAUUGGCCAGAUGUGAGUUUGUUCUUAUGUAACCAGUAAUGGGAUUGCUUGAGAUGUUUAGGACUAACAAGAACUGAGAACUGAUUAUAAUGAGAUUGAUGACUCUUCGGUUUAGUAUAUGUCUGAAAUAAUCAUUAUAUUUACUAUUUAAUAGUGUUAUUUGUAUUUCCAAUCAUUGAUCAGAUUUCUUUUACAUGUCUUCAGUUUAUUUUGUUAAUUGAUUUGCAGUAUUAAUCAAUAAUUUAUUGUUAACAACAACGUUUUUGUCAUCUGUGAGUGAGGAACAAGACUGUCAUACUGCCCAUCACCAACCUGUUACGAGUGCUGAAGUUUGUAUUUAUUCUGUGAGCUGUUUUAAUAAACAGGUUUCAAUAUC